CACACCACACGGUGUUUUACGGUAGCCUAGGGGAAGUACUGACAUCGUGGUCACUUACCUUAUUCAACCAGGGCUCACAUCUGGACACAUUCCCUAAGGCGUUGAUCCUUCUAUUUUGCACUAUUUUACAGUACGUGUCUGUCUCUCCGUUGCAGUCAUGCCGAUGUUCGUGGUGAACACAAAUGUAGCAAAGGACUCGGUUCCUGCUGAGCUGCUGUCGGAGGCCACGCAGGAGCUCGCCAAAGCGAUGGGCAAACCCGCGCAGUAUAUUGCCAUACACAUCAUCCCAGAUCAGAUGAUGAUGUUCGGGGGAAAAGGAGAUCCGUGCGCGCUCUGUUCUCUCACCAGCAUCGGAAAGAUCGGGGGCGCGCAAAAUAAGCAAUACUCAAAACUUCUUAUGGGCUUGCUAAGCAAACACCUUGGCAUUUCACCUGACAGGAUCUAUAUAAAUUUUGUUGAUAUGGACGCAGCCAAUGUGGCUUGGAACAGCACCACCUUCGGAUAAAUAAAAUGGAUUUAUGGCCUGAUAUAAGGCUGCGGUUUCUAUUCCAGCUUUACUUGGAGAAGAGCAGUUGGGAGCAUAAUGCUUUCAGUUAAUGAAGUCUUAACAAACAGCACUUACUGCUUACAGCAGACACCAUAUUAUUUGACAAUAAAGUUUUCUUUAAACUGUA